GUGCAGUGAUAGGAGAGGGUUGCAGAGCAGCUGUACUCACCGCACCUGGCUUAGGGUUGUGGUCCACAGUCAGCACCAUGAGAAAUCAGAUAGACCUGCUGGCCACUGUCACAGUUUUGGGAGUCCUGGAGCAAGUCUAUUUUGUACUGCAGGUGAUCUAUGCCCGACGGAAGUACAAGAUCUCCCCUCCUGAGACAAAAGGUCACCCUGAAUUUGAGCGGAUCUUCAGAGCUCAGGCGAAUUGCUCAGAGUACUUCCCGAUCUUCAUCUCACUCCUCUGGGUUGCUGGAAUCUUCUUCCAUCAAAGUGUGGCUGCUGUGUGUGGGCUGCUGUACCUCUACACCCGCUUCAAGUAUUUCCAGGGAUAUGCUGCGGCUGCGCAGGAACGGUUGGGGCCGAUGUACGCCAGCAGCUGGCUGCUCUGGCUGCUGCUGGGGUUGGCGGUGGCUGGGCUCCUGGCACACUUCCUGCUGCCCCACGCCUCCUCAUGGAUGGCAGCAGUGGCACGGCCCCUCCAGCUGCUCGGCGCCUGGUGAGCGGGGCCAUGGCUCUCCCAGAACCACUGCUUGCCCUCGGCAGAGGGGGGUCCCUCGUGUGGCAUGGUCAGUGACUACCUCCCCAGCUCUGUGCUUAUCUUUGGAGGGAGGCAGAUGCUGGCACCCCUCCCCUUGUGAAGCUCCACUCUCCAGAGAUAAUCCCCCUUCCAGACAGCAAACAUUGCCCAGCCUCUGCCUCUGCCCAUGGGCUUCACUACCAGGUUUUGUAGCACUGUCUGCUCUAAAAUCUCUAAUGCCUUUGACUCUGCCUUGUGGAGCACGGGUUGACCCAUACCCUGUCGUCACUCCUCCUUAGUGCUGUAAUGAUCUAUGUUGAAGGCUCACACCAUGGAUAUACAAAAAAAUAAAUUCAUUUUCUCAGUAGAAAUCACCUGUGAUUGUCAAAGGUGCUUCGGACCUGGGUGUGAGAACAUCCAAAGGAUUGGGGACUGGGUUGCAUGGGAAAAGCUGCAGCAAUUAAAACUCAUGUGAAAGGAUGGGUAAACCUGCUUAAAACCUUAUCCAAAUUUUGGGAAAAAAGCCUGACUCUAGCCCAAAUGCUAAUGUCUGUGCUUACCACUGACUUGAAUCAUCUUGUCUUAGCCCUGACUUCACUUAUCACUGUGAAGUAGUUCACCUGUUCACCAGUAGGACUUUGUCCUCUCUCUGGAUUUCAACCUCUGCUGCAAACUUGGGCUUUGCGGGUAACUACAGCAACCAUUAAGCACAGAGCUCCUUGCUAAGUUGUAUGUGCGUAUAGAAAAAGCAACAUAUUUUCUAAGACAGACAACUGUUGCAUAAUUGCACCCUUGGCUGUACAGGUGCCCAAGUGCCUUCUGUGCUCCCCACCGAGGAAAGACCUGACCAAACUUUUGGUUGGUUUUUUUUUAAUAGCGGGUGAAGGCUCCUGUGGUGCCGGGGCAGAAAAAUAACCACUGUCCUACUGGAUGCUCUAAGUGCUUUCCCCAGCAUGAGCACUGCUGUGGGAGUAUUAAAAUUACUCCAUUUCAGGUGUAGGGCCUACAGCUGAUCCCCAGCCCCAGGUUUGCCCACCCAUCCUAGGGAGGGGAACGGGUGGGCAGAGCCAGAGCACAUGCCUCCCUGCCAUGAGUGACUCUCAUCGCUGCACCAAAGGUUUAACUUUAGCUUUUAUUACAGUGCACGUUAUUUUAUAUAUUUAUGUAUAGAGAUGUACUUGAAAAAUCAAAUGUAUCCAGUAAUAAAAAAUACAGCACAUUAAAGUAGUAUAAUGCAUUCCAGUGUAUAGCUGAAGAGACAUUGGGAUUUACACUAAUCCCUACUAUUUUUGAACUGGGCUACUUCUGGUUUUGUUUCCCCCCCCC